CCCCCCGGGUCCCUGGGGUCUCCCAGUGGUCGGGGUUCUCCCCUUCCUCGGGAGAGAUCCUCACCUCGUCAUGAUGGGAUGGGCUAAGAAGUAUGGCGACAUAUUCAGCGUUAGAAUGGGAACCAAGACAACAGUUAUAUUGAACGGUUAUGAAGCUAUCCAAGACGUGUUUCAGAGAAAGGGAGCGUUGACUUCUGGAAGACCGCGUAUUCCGACUUUUGAUUUUCUCCAUGGGAGAGGUAUUUUAUGCGCCGAUUACUGUGCGCGGCAGAGGGCUCAGCGAGAAUUUACCUUAAAAUACCUAGCAAAAGCUGACACCGAGAAACAAACUGAGGAUGAGAUAGACGCUCUGCUGCAGUACAUCCGAGAUACAAAUGGCGAACCUUUUGAUUUCAACAGCACCAUCAGUGCCACUAUAUCCAACAUCAUAGAGAGUAUCUUGUUCGGAAGCAAACUUGAGCAAGAAGGCCCAAAUGUCAAAAUUUUGGUCGAUUCAAUACAAGCUGCAUCCAGAUUAAGCGCCCAGGCCUCGUUUCAGAACUUCCUGCCAUUUCUUUCGUUUUUACCGCAGUGUAGAAAUGGAAACGAGGCUUGGAACGUAUUUUCAAGCCACGUCACAAGGCUGCUGGAACGGCACAUAUUGGGUUAUGAUGCACGCGCCACGAGAGGCCUGGUCGAUGCUUUUCUGCACCAAUCAAAACGCAGUGACUCGGAGAAUUCUUUUUCCUUCAAUGAUGAUGAUCUAAUAGCAAACUGCCAGACGCUGUAUAUCGGAGGAUCGGAAACCACUUCGACCACAUUAACUUGGGGAAUGUUGUUCCUCUUAUCAAACCCUGACGUCUGUGAAAAGAUCAAUGCAGAAUUGGAAGAAGUCGUAGGAAAGACACGACGCCCCAGUCUUGCCGACAGGCCGAAUCUGCCCUACGUUAACGCUACGCUAAUGGAAAUACAACGCUGCAAUUAUAUUGGACCGCUGUCGCUUCCUCAUAAAGCUAUACGUGAUACCACUAUUAAUGGCUACGUGAUCCCUGAGGGAACGACAAUUCUGGCAAACUUUUGGUCUGUGUUCAUGGAUGAAAAAAAUUGGCCCAAUCCUCGUGAAUUUCGACCUUCAAGGUUUUUAGACGAAGAUGGAAACUUGAAAAAGAUCGAGACUUUCAUCCCCUUUUCCCUAGGAAAGCGAUCCUGCCCGGGAGAGACUGUUGCUCGUCAGGAAAUGUUUCUGGUCGUUACUGCUUUGGUUAAGGCAUUCACGUUCCACGUGCCAGAGGGAGAGGCGAUUCCAGAUCCAGAUGGUAGCUUAGGACUCAUGAACGAGCCCCCGAGAUACCGGGUUCUUCAAGCGAUUCUUAUCAGCGCCUCGGCACAACGUGGAGGUUUAAAACCAGGGGUCAGGCUCAUUGACCCAGCGAGCGUGACUUUGUACUCGUGCGACACAGGGGACAUUUAUGACAGUAGCACGUGGGUUCUUGUAUAUCCAAACGGAACGGGGCAAGUUGAAGUGAACAACACCAUAAGUACCAGACAGGCAGGAGGUUUGAUGCACAAAAUUAACGCCGUACAGGAAGUUGCCUAA